GGUUUAUUCUACCUUCAUAAUUAAACAAGAAAGAACAAAAAAAAAUGGCAAUUGUAAUCAGAUUCAAUGCUCCUUUGGUUUGCUUCUUUUUCUUAUUCUCUAUAUUUUCUCACCAAACCAUGUCCCAACCUCACCACAUGCACACUUUCUGCGACGACCAAUUAUCCGACAACUUCACACAAACCAGCUCAUACAAAUCAAACCGUGAAACCCUACUUUCUUCUCUCCGUGACCAUUCCUCCCUCGGAACCUAUUCCAAUGCCACAAUCGGUCUUAGCCCCAACACAGUCUAUGGCAUGUUCCUCUGCCGAGGAGACCUCCCCAAAACAUCUUGUUCGGACUGUGUCAAGACCGCAACCCUAGAAAUCACUAAAAAUAACUGCACUUCCAGAAAAACUGCUCUAAUAUACUACGAGGAGUGUAUGGUUCGUUACUCCAAUGUGUCCUUCUUCACGCUCGUAGAAGACGGGCCUUACGCCGCUAGAUACUCUGUCGCUUUGUUUCCUACUUCUAUUUUUAGUUCGUUCCAACAAACGUUAUCCAAUAAGGUAGAGCAACUAAUUAUCCUCAUAGGAUCAAAGUCUUCUUUGUCUGCUUCUACGCCUUAUUACGAGAAGGAUAUAUCACGUGUGAAUGCAUUAGAGGGCUCGUAUACAUUAGACACAGUGGUUCAGUGUAGUCCUGAUCUUGAUUCAGCAAAUUGCGGCGUCUGUUUGAGACUUGUGGUCAAUAGUCUCUCAGGCUGUUGUACCAAUGCUCGUUGGGGUCAGUUCAAUCUUCCUAAAUGUCUUUUGAAGUAUGACACAACCGGUUUGCCAACUUCUCAGUCACCAAGCGGCUCAUCGUCUAUUAACGUUAUGAAAGGAAACGAAAUAUUUAGGAGAAUUUUCAUUACAGCCUUGACAACUUCGGUGUUAGCACUUGUGGGUCUAUGAUCCAAUCCAAUGAUUAUGAAGAUUCUAUUUGUAUUCCACGAUUGUGUGUGACGUGUGAUAUGUCAUUUUCUUGUCUAAUAGGAACUCAAUCCGCAUUGUGCGCGGAAAAAAAGACUAUUAAACAAUAUUAUGAUUG